AUGUUGUGUCGUUCAAAAUGUGUACAUACUCUGGCCGUAGUAUGUACAGCUGAUGCAUAUGCAUCCAAGGCACUUCUUAAAGUGGAAGAUCAGUAUCCAAUUAUUAGGCAACAACCACAGAAGAUUAUUGCGAAAAGCAAACAGUCCUUGAAAAGAGCGGUUUGUUCAACAGGAGAAAGAAUAUUGAAAACCACACCCGGUCGACUGUUGCUACGAAGUCUGGAAAGUACCAUCGAUGCAUCUGAAAGGGUCCUUGAUUACUUGUUGCCGGAGGAAAAAUCUAAAUGCGAGACGACUGAGAAGGUAGCUGCACAAGGGGGCGAGUUGACGACUACCAUCAAGGGUACACAGACCGAAGAGGUCAAAGUGAAGGGGUACCUUCAGAUUGUGGGGGCGCCGUUUAGAUUUGCCGGAAUGCUGAUUGCUGCCCCAUUGCAGUUGUGGACCGAUGUCCUUCGCAAAGUAUACAACUUUCUACUGCUAUCGUCUCGUAGAAGUAGACGGAGAAGAUCAAGGAAGUCUGGGGCGUGUUCUCCCAAAACUAUAUCCAACCGAAUGAAGAAAACUCCACGAAAAAGAUUGACGCCAGUUUCCUUUGUCGAGCAUUUCACGAGACAUUUCGCUUUGCCAUCCAAGGCGUUGCACCUCUUCGGCAUUGAGACAAAACGCAGUGGCAGCGACGGCGAUAUUAGGCGAUAUCUCGUAGCUUCCCCGUCCGCAAAAGAUGACUCUCCUAUGUUUCCCCAUGAUGCCGACAAGAAGCGAAAACUCGACGAGACGUUGACGGACACUGACAGCAGCGACUUCGAUCUUGAAGAUUACAGGUCUAGUCAGGAUGAGGAUUACGUCCCGUCAAAUACCGACUCUGGCAGUGACGAUUAUUCAUCGCACGAAAAUAAGGACGACGACGAAACUGCUAAAGUUGAGGCCGCCGCUGAAUUGGAGGCUCUCUGCAAAGACAGAGACGAAAUCCUGGAAGGUGAAACAAUUGGUAAAAGUCGGCGAGUAAAAGUGACCACAAACGAGGACGGCUGCACACAUAACAAGUCAAAGAUUUUGUCGGCAUCACCAGAAAUUUUACCAACUCUCCACCUGAUGGCCCCCGAUAGGAUCCAGGUUACAGCAACCAAAAGCAUUGCACAUUCGCCCGUCAUAAAUCUGCGCCCACAGUGGUCAUGCCGUCCUUCGCAUUUGUAAAUAAAUCGCACAUCGAAAUUAUAUUUGUUUUCUUCUAUGAAAAUCGAUUGAAUAAUUAAAUUAGUUUCUACCAAUGA